UUCUUGUACAAUAAUUUUGACAGGAGGAGAGGAAAAUCAAGCUUGACUUAUUUUUUUGACUAAUUUUCGGGAUUUUUCUAGGAUAAAACGUUCCUCCGAGCGCUAAUUUGGUGUCUAAGCAAUGGCUGAGUAUCUCGCCUCGAUUUUCGGUACCGAAAAGGACAAAGUAAAUUGCUCAUUUUACUUCAAAAUCGGUGCCUGUCGUCACGGAGACCGUUGUUCCCGCAUUCACAACAAACCGACCUUUUCGCAGACCUGCCUGUUGCAAAAUCUGUACGUGAAUCCACAGAAUUCGGCAAAAAGUGCCGAUGGCUCGCAUCUGGUGGCUAACGUGAGUGACGAGGAAAUGCAGGAGCAUUACGACAACUUUUUCGAGGACGUGUUUGUGGAGUGCGAAGACAAGUACGGCGAAAUCGAGGAGAUGAAUGUGUGUGACAAUCUCGGAGAUCAUCUCGUUGGCAAUGUUUACAUCAAAUUCCGUCGUGAGGAAGAUGCUGAACGUGCAGCAAAGGAUUUGAACAAUCGCUGGUUCGGAGGACGUCCCGUGUACUCGGAGCUGUCACCGGUAACCGAUUUCCGUGAAGCAUGUUGUCGCCAGUACGAAAUGGGCGAAUGUACGCGCUCAGGUUUCUGUAAUUUUAUGCAUUUAAAGCCAAUUUCGCGGGAUUUGAGACGUUAUUUGUACUCUCGUCGUCGCGGACGUUCCAAGUCAAGAUCUCGUAGCCGCAGUCCAAAACGCCGUCGUUCACGUUCUCGUGACAGAAACAACGACCGAAAUGACCGAGACAGAGGUCGUGACGACAGAGAUCGGAAUGACAGAAGAGGAGGACGAUACUGAACUUCAAAACCCUUUUUCUAAACGGACAGAAACUGCACUUAAUUGAAAAAACUACAAAUUUUUAACUUUUUUUUCCAUGUCUCUCGAUUGAUUUGAUUUUGUUUAAAAUUUUAAAGAAAAAUUUAGAUCGAUAACUCAAUAUAAUUAAUAAAAGAACAAUAAAUGUAAAAAGGCCUUU